CCUUCAGCGCACUGAAUCGGAACUUCCCGCCGCUACGAGCUGCAUCCCGUCACUUGAUGAAAUCAACUCGUGUUUAUUGGCUCAACAAAGACGGCUGUGACAAUUUUUAGAUGCAGACUGUCGGACUAGUCGGCUGUAAAAGCAGACCAUCGGGACCACAGUUUAGUUGAAAAUUAGUUUUAUUUAUUUCAUAGGUAGAGGUAUCAGCCAUACAGUGUGAAAUUCUGCAGAACGGUGUCAAUAGAUUUAGGAGCGCCUAACACUGCUGCCAAUCUACAACAAUAACUUAUUAGCGCGGAAAAGUGAGAGGUAGUCGUUAGAACAGAUUACCAGGCUGAGAAAGCUCCUCCUUUGCAUUAAACUUUAACUGAUGCUACUGCGGAGUCAAAAGUUGGGCAGUUACGCCUUUCCUAUAAAUCCACCUGCACACCUGCAAAACAUCUAUGAUUACCAGCUCAGUUUGGCAGCCAGCUCUGAGGCGCGCAAGUCUCUCGCGUCUUUGACGCAAGAGAAGAAAAUAAUGACGGACGUAUGAGGGCACCUAGGUCUCGCCGAGAAAACGACAUUUCCCAGAGACCCGUCGUGGCGUUGGUUGGGCUGGGCCAUAAACUGCAAAUAGACUCGGAGGGUCCUAAGCGCCUCGUGUCAUGCGUGGAGACAACAGCGCUGAAGGGUCGCUAGAACUUUCGAACUACUUUUCCCGGCGCUCCCCGCGGCUCAGGCGGAAGCAAGGUGUGCUCCCUGCGAACUGCAAGAUGGCUGGGGUCCCCUUUUUGCCAUUUUCAAUCCUACUGGGAAUACUGGGGAUCCUGUGUGUGGGGCUCACAGUAUACUGGAGCCAACACUGGCUUGGCGGCUUUGCCUGGGAUGGCUCUUCUCAGAUGUUUAACUGGCACCCAGUCCUUAUGGUGACAGGCAUGUUGGUCUUGUAUGGCGCAGCUGCACUGGUGUAUCGCGUGCCUCUCUCUUGGGAAGGGCCCAAGCUCCCAUGGAAGCUGCUGCAUGCAGCACUUACCUUGGCAGUGUUCAUCUUAGUGGUCCUGGGACUGGUGGCUGUCUUUGAGUUUCACAACAAGCAGGAGAUCGCCAACAUGUACUCGCUUCACAGCUGGCUAGGGCUAAGUGCUGUGCUGUUCUUUUCCUGCCAGUGGAUAAUGGGUUUUGCAUCUUUCCUGCUGCCUUGGGCCCCCAUCUGGCUCCGAGCCUUCUACAAGCCCAUCCAUGUCUUCUUUGGCACCGCCAUCCUUCCUUUAGUUGUAGCUGCCUGCAUCUCAGGCAUCAAUGAGAAGCUAUUCUUCAGAUUAAAAAGUCCAGCAACACCAUACUCCAAGCUUCCUGCAGAGGCUUGGUUUGCCAACAUUCUGGGCAUGCUGAUCCUGGUCUUUGGGCUCUUGAUUUUGUGGUCCCUUGCCACACCUGCAUGGAAGCGUCCAGAAGUGAAUUCACAAGAUACCAGAGAGCCCUUGCUACAGGAAGACAAAUGAAGGGUUAUGAAGCACUUGUGUGAGCUUCCAGGAGAGAUUAUUAUCCAGACCUGUGUGAUGGUCAAUUCUCAGCUGAGAUCUGCAGCCCUGCUCACAGCUGUCUUGAAUGUGAGAGCUGCAACUUGAACUGUGGCAACAAACUUCCUUGCCUGUUCUGGGUACUUGACAGCUUCCUUUUCCUGCCUUGCUCUUGAUAUUGUUGGGCUGCUAGAAAUCCAGGUACCUCCGAACAAUUUAUUUCUUAGUUGAAUUUCCUACUGUGCCAUGAUAACAAGUUCCCAGAUUUUUGUGUACUUCUAGGGCUCAUUAGAAAUGUAAAUUAUCAGCAAAAAUAAAUGAUUCCUUCUAA